AUGCUUCACGCCAGCGGCGUACGCACCGGCCGAUUCACCUCUCCACAUCUGAUUGAUCGCUGGGAUUGCGUCACCAUCGACCAGCAACCAGCCCAGGAAUCCGCUUUUCAGCAAGCAGAAGACCUGAUGAUGCGGAGGAACGAGUCAGAGGCUAUUGGUGCUUCGAAAUUCGAGCUUCUCACGGCGACAGCCUUCGAGCUGUUUGCUAGAGAAAAGAUUGAAAUGGGCGUGGUGGAGGUGGGAUUGGGAGGCCGACUCGAUGCGACCAAUGCGAUGCAGCACAAAGCGGUUACUGUCAUAUCGAAAAUUGGCCUGGACCAUCAAUCGUUUCUUGGAGAUACCAUCGAACGGAUCACCCGUGAAAAGGCUGGUAUCAUGAGGCCAGGAGUUCCGUGCGUAUUAGACAGGAGCAAUUCCCCGGCUGUUCAUAGAGUCGUCGAAGAUUACGCAAGGGAAAUCGGCACAGAUGUAGUUCUCAGUUCCACCGACUCUGCGUUUCUCGAUGACCUGCCGCAGAAGGAUUAUGAACCUCACCAAUGGCAAAACCUGGCCUGCGCAUAUACCGCAUUUCAUCUGGCAUAUACUAAGUCAGAAUCGCCGCUACAUCGCCUGGCGGCUGCGGUCCAAGACAUGCAGUGGCCGGGGCGUCUCCAGACCCUUGAUAUUCGGGGCAUUACAGGGAGACAGGAGCCAGUUCUCCUUGAUGGUGCUCAUAACGCCCAAUCAGCCGAGGUGCUGCGCAGAUACGUAGAUGGUAGACUACGGAAGGAGGCAGGCAAGGUGACCUGGAUAUUGGCAGCUUCGCAAGGAAAGGAACUUGACGACGUGAUAAAACCCCUUAUACACCCGGGUGACUGUGUAACGGCGGUCCAAUUCGGUCCUGUUGACGGUAUGCCAUGGGUCCAGGCCACCCCUCCACAAGAUAUCUUGGCUGUUGCCGCCGCUUCUGGUGUUGCUGAUGGCCAGAUGCAUAACUCUGGGGCGGACACAUCAGAUGCAAUGCGUUGGGCAACUGCCGUUGCUGCUGGAGGUCCAAUUGUCAUUGCUGGAAGUCUAUAUCUUGUCUCUGAUGUGUUACGUCUUCUGCGAGAUGCGGAGCAGGUACAAGCAAGAUAUUGGCCUAACAAAUCCACUCAUCCUUAA